AUGCGCGAGGCGAUCUGCAUUCACAUCGGCCAGGGCGGCGUGCAGAUUGGCAACGCCUGCUGGGAGCUCUUCUGCUUGGAGCACGGCAUCCAGCCUGAUGGCCAGAUGCCCUCGGAUAAGACCAUCGGCGGCGGUGAUGACGCAUUCAACACCUUCUUCAGCGAGACUGGAGCGGGCAAGCACGUGCCCCGUUGCGUGAUGGUGGAUUUGGAGCCGACGGUCGUGGAUGAGGUUCGCACGGGCACGUACCGCCAGCUCUUCCACCCCGAGCAGCUCAUUUCCGGCAAAGAAGACGCGGCCAACAACUUUGCGCGGGGGCAUUACACAAUCGGCAAAGAAAUCGUGGACUUGGUCUUGGACCGAAUCCGCAAGUUGGCCGAUAACUGCACCGGAUUGCAGGGUUUCUGCGUGUACAAUGCUGUCGGCGGCGGCACAGGAUCCGGCCUGGGCUGUUUGAUGUUGGAGCGCUUGUCCGUGGACUAUGGUAAAAAGAGCAAGAUCUCCUUCACAGUUUGGUCGUGUCCACAGGUGGCAACAGCAGUGGUAGAGCCAUACAACACUGUCCUUUGCGUUCAUUCUCUGCUCGAGCACACGGAUGUGACCAUCAUGUACGACAACGAGGCGUUGUACGACAUUUGCCGCAGGAACUUGGACAUUGAGCGCCCGACCUACACGAACCUCAACAGGUUGAUCGCUCAGAUCAUCAGCUCUUUGACGGCAAGCCUGCGGUUCGAUGGGGCUUUGAACGUGGACAUCACCGAGUUUCAGACAAAUCUUGUCCCUUACCCGCGCAUCCACUUCAUGCUCACCUCCUUCGCUCCCGUGAUCUCGGCAGAGAAGGCAUACCAUGAGCAGCUCUCUGUGGCGGAGAUCACUAUGUCCGUGUUUGAGCCUGCCUCAAUGAUGGUGAAGUGCGAUCCUCGCCACGGCAAGUAUAUGGCUUGCUGUAUGAUGUACCGCGGGGAUGUUGUACCAAAGGACGUGAAUGCGGCGGUUGCCACCAUCAAGACCAAGCGAACCAUCCAGUUUGUGGACUGGUGCCCCACCGGCUUCAAGUGCGGCAUCAACUACCAACCUCCUACAGUGGUGCCUGGUGGUGAUUUGGCCAAGGUCAUGCGUGCGUGCUGUAUGAUUUCCAACAGCACGGCCAUCGCCGAAGUCUUCUCCCGCAUUGACCACAAAUUCGAUCUGAUGUACAGCAAGCGCGCUUUCGUCCACCACUACGUGGGCGAGGGCAUGGAGGAGGGCGAGUUCUCCGAGGCGCGCGAAGACUUGGCGGCUUUGGAGAAGGACUACGAGGAGGUGGGCAUCGAGACGGCCGAAGGGGAGGGCGAAGAGGAAGGCUCCAAGCGCCGGAUCCUCCGCGUCUUGCAGGUGGGCCACAAGGCGGAGGCCUGGGCCCUGGCGCACCACCCGCGCCUGGCGAGCCUCUGCGCCAGCGCGGACCAGCGGGGCGUGGUGCACUUCUGGGACCUGGAGAAGCGGCAGGCGCUGGUGCAGAAGACCUACCGCUCCGACCAGCCAGUGAACUGCCUGGAGUUCAACCCCGAAGGAGACCUGCUGGCGCUGGGGCAAGAUGGCCUGGUGACCUUGCUGGAGUUCCCCUCCAUGCAGAGCGUGUUUCGCCGGAAGGUCUCCUCCGGCGAGAUCCGCGGCAAGGCUGGUGAGCCCAUCAGCAGCCUGGCGUUCUCCAACUUCGCGGAUGGCGAGCAGUCUCGCUACCUGGCCGCGGCUUGUUGGGACCAGAACAUCUACCUCCUCCGCUUGCAGUGGAGGACGAAGCCGGGGCCGAAGCACACCUUGGAGACGCACCGCGAGAUCGUGUACCGGGGCGCCCUCACCGGCAACUCCUCCUCGCCCACCCACGUGAUGUUCACCUCCGACGCGCAGUACCUGGUGUCCAACUCCACGGACCUGGCUAUCCUGGUGUGGAAGACGGGCACCGGGGAGCGGCUCAGCUGCUUGUCCGCGCUGCGGGACAUGAGCUUCGACUGCUGGCGCAACGUGCUGGGCUGGCCGGUGGCUGGGGCGCGAAAACUCGACGCCAUGAGUUUGGUGAAGCUGGAGGUCUGCCAGACUUUGUACCUGCUGAAGGAGGAGCUCGAGCUCCUGAGGCUCCUGCUCUGCCACUGGGAGGCGGGCGCUGCUUCCCACGCGGCCCUGAAGGUGCUGCCGUUUCUGUCGGUGCAGCUGCUGCCGAAGAACCCGCUGGCCGUGGGGAGCGCCCACACCUGCGUGCUCUCGGAGAGAUCGGGGCGGCUGCGGGUCUUCGGCAGCAACAGCCACGGCCAGUGCGCAGUGCCCGACGACGUAACAUCGGACGUCGUCAAAGACGUGGCGGCGGGGCUUCGCCACACCUGCGCCGUGCUGUCGGAUGGGUCGCUGCGGUGCUUCGGGGACAACGGCGCCGGCCAAUGCGAGGUGCCAGCAGACCUGGGCCCGGUGCUGGCGGUCGCGGCGGGGCUCGAGCACACCUGCGCAGUCCGCAGAGAUGGGCGGCUGGUGUGCUUCGGUGGCAACGGCUGUGGCCAGUGCCUGGCGCCCGCUUUGGAUCUCCCCGUGGUGGGCCUGGCUUGCGGCCACCGCCACAGCUGCGCCGUGGAUGUGAGCGGGCGCCUGGUGUGCUUCGGGGACAACCGCCGGGGCCAAUGCGAGGUGCCUGCAGAUCUGGGGCCGGUGACUGCAGUCUGCGCAGGUCGGGACUUCACCUUUGCGGUGAAGCGGAGUGGGGAGCUGGUGUGCUUCGGCCGGCGGAAGCGGGUGCAGACCGUGCCUUACAGCCCCUCGGCAUGGGGCUUGGAUCGUGCAGAAGAGUUUGAUUGCGGCUCCUUACGGCGAUGA